AUGGCGGGACGCUCUAAGGUCAAAGGACCGACGGCUUCCUCCUCGAUCGGCGCUGUCGGGACGGGCGGGCGGGCGGGCGGGCGGGCUGGCGGCAGGCCCUCCUCCGGGGGCGGCGCGCACAGGUGGUCGGCCCCGCCCCCGCGCUCCCUGGAAGGCGGGGGCCCCGCCGCGCGGUGGCUCCUCAGCCCCUGCUGCCCAGGGCCCCCUCGCGACCCGAGACAGACGCCCGCGUUGCCGGGGCAACCGGGCUGCUGCCCCGAGCUGGCUACCCCCCCUCACCCCCCCGCGCCGGAAAGGCGAUCUGCGGCGAAAGCCGGGAGCGAGGCCCGCGCGCGGGGGGGACACCCGGAUGGGCGGCGAGCCGAGCUGAGGCACGAGGGGCGCGGGGCUGCCGGCUCCCCCUCCCCGAAGCUGGCCUCGGCCUCGGCGGCCCGCGCGCCCUCGCCCGCCUCUUACCCGGCUGCCCACCAGCAACAGGCAAGCCAGCCGGGCCGCAGCCGCCGCCGCCGCCGCCCUGGGCCCGCCCCUGACCCCGCCCCUUCCUCCCUCCCCGCGGACGUGGGGGCGGGGCCGCGCGGUUGCCCUGGCGACACGCAGUGUUUGUGCUCCGAGCCCGGAGCGAGGGCCGCGAUGGCGCGCCGGUGCGGCUCGCCGCCGCCGCCCGAGCCGCUGCUGCAGGUGAAGGUGGUGGGGGUCUUCAAGAGCGCCGCCUUCCAGAUGGCGAAGAGCACCGCGGAGUGUCUGAAGACUAAUUUUCCAUCCAAAUUUGAUGAUCCUAUAAUGGUUCCUCUUCAAGAAUUUGCAUGGGAUCAAUAUCUACAGAGGAAAAAAAGGGAACUUAGGAAUGAAGUCUGGGAAUAUUCUUCCAAUGUCAUGUGUUUCAUUAAUGAUCAGCUGCUGGGUGAUGUAUUUGAACUUCAAAAAUGGGCCCACAAGGUGUGGAAUAUGAUUGACUUUAAGCCCCCUGCACUUUAUGAGGCACUUACGGUGGACUUUUCUACUAAAUUAUUAAGCGACACCAAGCAUGAUUUUGUGUUCUUGGAUGUUUCUAUUGAUCCUAAUCCAAUUGGAAGACUGGUUUUUGAGCUAUACUGUGAUAAAUGUCCCAAAACAUGUAAAAAUUUUCAGGCCUUGUGCACAGGAAAAGCAGGGUUUUCUCAAAGUGGCAUCAAGCUACAUUAUGUCGGUUCAAUUUUUCAUCGAAUAGUAAAGAAUGCUUGGGUACAAGGAGGAGAUAUAGAGGCUGGAAAAGGAGAUGGUGGAGAGUCAAUUUAUGGACCAACAUUUGAAGAUGAAAGCUUUUCAGUUCCUCAUAAUAAAAGGGGAGUUCUUGGAAUGGUCAACAAAGGCCGUCACAGCAAUGGUUCACAGUUCUACAUCACGCUACAAUCAGCUCCCUAUCUAGAUAAAAAAUAUGUGGCUUUUGGGCAACUGAUUGAAGGAACAGACGUUCUUCAACAACUAGAAUUGGUUCCAACAGAGAAUGAAAGACCAAUACAACCAUGUACAAUUAUCGACAGUGGAAAUUUUUAUGUUUGAUUUUCAAAUCAGUAUUUUCUGACUUUAUUAUGUAUCUGAUCAGCUAUUUCUAGAUUUAAUUAAACCAUGCUUGAUAAAAUUUGAAAGCUGUCGCAGAUGCAGUAGCAGUUGGUUUACCCCAAA